AUCUCUUCUCUCUGUUCCUUCCUCUGUAAUAUUCACGUAUACAAAUAUAUAUAUAUAUGUAUAUAUAUGAAAGCAUACGUAUUAUAAAUAGACAUAUACAUAAAUACGAGUGUAAUAUGCGCGUUUAACCGUAUACGCGCGCGUCGUGUUCCUCUCGCAUUCACGCAUUUCUAACGUGUAGUACAGGCGCACAGUGCGAAAAACAAGAAAAUAGUAAAGUAAUAUUGGUGCGGAAAGGGGGUUGUGUACGCCGUAAUACGCGAGUGCGGUACUUUGAUCCGGCGUGUCUCGUUAUACGUGUAACUGCAUCACUUUCCUACGCAUUUCCACGCCACGUCAAGUGCCGCUCGGCCAACUAAGCGAAUUUCUCAGCGCGUUAAGCCGAUCUACUAGGAACAUCUUCGAAUAUGUCGCUGCUCAGCGUCACAGUGAAAAAGGCGCGGUUCGUCUGCGAGGAAGCGGAACAAUUCAACUCCUACGUAACGCUGAAGCUGCAAAAUGUGAAGUCGACGACAGUCACGGUGAAAGGGGCCAAUCCAUGCUGGGAGCAAGAUUUUCUUUUCGAGACGAAUGAUAUGAACACAGGCCUUCUGGUCGAAGUCUGGUGCAAGGGUUUCCUGUGGGAUCGUUUCUUGGGCUACUAUUACGUCCCAUUGUCCGAAGUAUCUUACAUGAAUGAGGUAACGUCUAAGCAGUCCUAUAAUACAUCCACCGACACGGUAUCGGCAGGGAAACAAGAGCAACAACACAUAUCCUCUGACAGCAUGCCCGACACGAACAGCAAUGCACAGCCACUACCAGACAUCACCAACACGGUACACUAA